UUUAGGUGUAUUGUAAAAUAGUAAUACCUUACUUGCAGCACUCCGACGUGAUCACGCUCAGCUGUAACUGUGGUCCAAACGCCCCCUACGCUAGUACGGUAAUUCAAUUCCGGAAAUCGCAUCCAGGUUUUUAUGGUGAAAGUGAGUGAUCAUUCGAUUAGCCUGGUCCCACACAUUCCGUGACAGUCAGACAGCGUGACUGAUAUUUGUGCAGCUGUAUUUGAUAAAAAAAAAUUUGAAAUGGAUGAGUACGAAAGUGUGCUUCUUGUGAAGCAAGAGGUUUUUGUUUAUCGCAUUCCACCGAGGACAACCAAUCGAGGCUACAGAGCUGCAGACUGGGAUUUGGGAACACCUGAUUGGACUGGAAGAAUGCGCUUGGUCUCACGUGGCAAAGAAUGCAUCAUGAAGCUAGAAGACAAAGUCAGCGGUCAAAUGUUUGCUAAGUGUGUUGUGGACAAAUAUCCUGGUGGAGCCAUUGAAGCUGUCACAGAUUCUUCACGUUACUUUGUUGUCAGAAUAUUGGAUGAACAAGGACGCUCAGCCUACAUUGGCCUUGGUUUUGGUGAUCGGUCAGACAGCUUUGAUUUGAAUGUUGCCCUCCAAGACCACUUCAAAUGGAUAAAAGUGGAGGCAGAAGCUGAGAAGCCUGAAGCUGCUCCCUCUCUUGACCUUGGCUUCAAAGAAGGAGAGACCAUCAAAAUUAAUAUGAAAAUUACAAAAAAAGAAGGUCAGGAUGGCGAUGCGAAGUCACGGCCAAAAGCCAAGAACGAUGGAGGCCUUGGGCUUCUACCUCCCCCUCCUGGAGGUGUGAAACUUGCUCCUCCGCCAGCUGCACCUGCUGCGGCCGAGCCCCCCAGCCAAACGGGGGGCGACUCGUGGGGUGACUUCGUCGGUUCUUCAGAAGCUCCUGCCGCGGCGGCCUCUUCGAAGCCAGUCACGGGAGCUCCUGCCGCCGGCUGGGUUACCUUCUAAUAAGAAUAUAAGCAUUGCCUGCAGUCCUUCCCUCAACUUGUUACAGACUUACAUUGCCAAAUAUGACUCAUGCGGGCACCAACGGCCAAAUUAGCUAGAAAAUUAUGCGGAAAUGUUCGUGUCUGUGACGAGGGUGUGGACGUGAACUCGGGAGCGGAUGACCGGAAUAAGUUGUAGCUCAGCGAGCUCCUCACGUUCGGUUGUCCUAACCACCAGAGGGGGUCCUGCUUCAAGUUCUAAUGCUGAAUUGAAAUGAAUCAAGUUUUUUAUUUCUUUAUUUGCUCUCUUUGCUAAUU